AUGAAGUUUCCCUUUAAGUAUACCAGAUCACAGCUAGAGAUUUUCAGGUUUUCGUUCUGUUUGCUUGCCCCUGUUGCGGUGAUGUAUUACAUCGGCACUGAUACGGAUAAGAAGCUUAAUGUGCCAGGAUUCUAUCCAGAUCCUGAGACUCUGAACAAGAUACCCAAGGAGCCGUAUGAGAUCAAGGCAGAGCUUGCGAGGAUGAAGAAAGAAAGGCUCGAGAAGAGGCUCCGGUUAGAGAAGAAGCUAGAAGAAGAGCUUGGAAUUGACAUUCAAGCUGAAAAGGCAAAGAUAAGGGAAGAGCUUGCACUAGCCAACAAAUCCACAUAG